UGAGUUACAAUAUCAUUUUGACAUGAGAGCCAUACAUUAUCUUGUAUAUUAAAUCCUCACCUUGAAAAAUCUUUACAUGGAUAUUUGUUAAUUUAAACGUAAAUUGUUGUAUGUUUAAGAAAAAAAAAAGUAAAAAUCGACCCUCCAGUCCAGCAGGGGGCGGAAACACACCAAAUUAUAGUCGAAGAAGAAUGAAAAACUCCCGCUGUACCUGGUCUUUCCAGCAGAGGGCGCUGCUAAGUCUUUCAUUACCUUUUUUUACAUUGAAAUCCUUCUUCCUCUCUGUUACUGUAGUUAGCAAACAUGACAACGUUGCGACCCUUUACCUGCGAUGAUUUGUUCAAAUUCAACAACAUAAAUUUGGAUCCUUUAACAGAGACUUAUGGGAUCCCAUUUUACCUGCAGUACCUGGCUCACUGGCCAGAGUACUUCAUCGUGGCUGAGGCUCCUGGUGGUGAACUGAUGGGCUACAUAAUGGGGAAGGCAGAGGGAUCGGUUGCUCGGGAGGAGUGGCACGGUCACGUCACCGCUCUGUCGGUCGCUCCGGAGUUCAGGAGGCUCGGGCUCGCCGCCAAGCUCAUGGAGAUGUUGGAGGAGAUCUCCGAGAGGAAGGGGGGGUUCUUUGUGGAUCUGUUUGUGCGAGUAUCCAACCAGGUGGCUGUCAACAUGUACAAACGUCUGGGUUACAGCGUCUACAGGACGGUCAUCGAGUAUUACUCUGCCAGCAACGGAGAGCCAGAUGAAGAUGCUUAUGACAUGAGGAAGGCUCUGUCCAGAGACACGGAGAAGAAGUCGAUCAUCCCGCUGCCACACCCAGUCAGACCGGAGGACAUUGAAUAACAGUAGACUGUGGCUCUCUGACUCGUCCUGUUCUGCUGUGAUUUCAGCUCUAGUUGGGUGACGAUGUACAUAGUGAAAAUGAAACUUUUUUUUUUCUUAGUGCUUUAAAGUCGGAGAGUCACUGAAUGUACAAAAUGCUCCAGUUUUCCAUUUUUAUUUCUUAUAAAUUUUAAAUGAAAGUUUGUUGAGGAAAAACACAAAUAAGAAUGACACAAUAAAGAUGAGCUGAGUAAAAGAAAAAAAAA